AUGGGCGACGGUUCGAUAAGUGGCGCCAGCGUGCGCGGCUUGGCGCUCACAACGGCGGCAACAACAACAGCAGCAACAACAAAGGACGCCGAUUGCCAGAAUGUGAGCAGCAGCGGUGUUGGCAUUGGUGGUGGUGGUGUCGGCAGCGAUUUGAGUGUCUCUGCAGUUGGCACAUCGGCCAUUACGCACAUCAAGCAAUCGCCAACGUCGCCAAGUCCAAUGAGCAGCAGUGCUUUGGAAGCUACGCCAACUGGUCUACAACAACAUCAUCAUCGACAAUCAAACGAGACGCUGUUCGGCGCCACAGCCGCAACGACCGUUGUUGCACAUCCCCACACGACGUUGGCGACGCUCGACAUGCAACAACAACAACAACAGCAACAGGCACAUGCGCAACAACAUCAUCACCAGCAACAGCAACAGCACAUCAGCGCAACUGCCAGCGCAGCAGCCGCCGACGUCGUCACCAGCAGUCGCAUCGGUAUUGGCGCGCUCACGCACACGCUCGGCAGCGGCAGCAGCUUGCUAAAUGAGCGUCCACCACCACCACCGUACAGCAGCAGCGCCGCCGUUAUGGCUAGCAAAGUAUUCCACGCUGGCUCCUGCGCUGCUAGCAGCAUGGAGGCGUUGAGCGGCGAUGAACCGCCCAUAGCGACGUCGAGCUCGCGCCUAACGGCUUAUGAGCAAUUUCUCAAAUUGUCCGCACAAGAGUAUGCAGCGACGUCGGCGUCCGACAAUGCGUCGGUGCUAAAUUUGAGCAGCAUCGGAAAGGCGGCAACGGAAAGCGAUUUGAUGUUGCGGCAUGCGAAUGUGGCAGCGGUUAUGGCUGCCGCAGCGGUGGGGAGUGUCAGCGUCGUGGAGGGAAGCGGUGUUGGUAUCGCGGAUGGUUGUGAGCGUAAUUAG